UCAUCAGUCGGUUGACUAAUAGUCUGGUCAGCUUGCCAUCACAUUUUCCCACUAUUAUUAUCACUUUCAAUCGUUUCGAUCCCGGCACGAUGGCGCCUCUUCCCGAUAAUAACCCCGAUGACCAUUACGACGCGGGCGCGCCUCUCGAUGGCGGCGCUAGCCCUGCCGUCCUUGGUAAUGGCGACAAGCACUUCUCUCCUACUGGUCUAGAGAUCGGGGUCAUCGUUGGCGUUGUUAGCCUGGUUAUCAUCACCGUAGUCUUCCUAUUCGUCUGGCGAUCCCGUAAGAACCGAGAUGUUAAGAUCACCGAUGCUGCAUCUUCCGUUCCUGCAGCCGGUCCUUACGAGGAACUUCCCUCACCUAGCGCUGCUGCCCGUGCGCGCCGUGAGACCAACGAACUUAUCCCUCCUCCCAAGGACGACCACGCCAGCACCAUCAAGAACGAUGACAAGUCUUCUCUUGAGCAGCCUACCCCUAUCCCAACCAACCGCACGGCUAACAAGUGGAGCUAUUGGGGAACUGUUCACAACGUCGGUAAUCAUGGUCAUGUCGAAGAACACGAGAUAGCAAAUCGUUUCUAAGCAUUCUCCACACCAAGAACCGACCUAGUCGCCAUCUUGUAGCGACUCGGAGCAACAACAACUCAGGACAGGUAACCUUG